CCAUCUCUGUACAUCUACUACAUUUUAUAAUCAAAUUUGAAUUGUGUUGAUGGGAAUCGUUUUCAGUCUUAUCCGUUGAGGAUUUGCUCGUUUUCCGAUACGCAAUCAUCUAAAAUCCUCCCCAUACCUCUCCCAAUUUCAAUGCGCCAACUCUUUUUAAUUCGAUCUUUAUUCCCAAAUUUCUUCAAUUCUUCGCCGGAAUGGAUCGUUCUUCGCCGGAAAACCUCAUCCUCGUCACCAGAGAAUCAAACGGGAUCGCUUUCGUUACAAUCAACCGCCCGAAGUCGUUGAAUUCCUUAACAAGGUCGAUGAUGACAGAUCUGGCUCAGGCGUUCAAGAGCUUAGACCGCGACGAUUCCGUGCGAGUCAUCGUCCUCUCUGGAUCAGGACGAGCCUUCUGUUCCGGUGUAGACCUAACUGCGGCGGAGGACGUUUUCAAGGGAGAUGUGAAGGAUGUUGAAUCCGAUCCGGUUGUGCAAAUGGAACGCUGCCGGAAACCGAUCAUCGGAGCGAUUGCAGGUUUCGCCAUCACCGCUGGAUUUGAGAUCGCCUUGGCUUGUGACAUACUAAUCGCUGCCAAAGGAGCUAUGUUCAUCGACACGCAUGCUAGAUUUGGGAUAUUUCCUUCAUGGGGAUUAUCUCAGAAACUAGGAAGGAUAAUUGGAGUUAACAAAGCUCGCGAAGUAUCGCUAACGGCGAUGCCUCUAACGGCAGAGGAAGCAGAGAAGAGAAAUUUGGUGAAUGAGGUGGUUGAAGGAGGUGAAUUAUUGAAGAAAGCUCGAGCAAUUGCGGAGGCAAUCUUGAAGAACAAUCAGGAUAUGGUGUUGAGAUACAAGUCAGUCAUUAACGAUGGCCUGAAGCUUGAUCUUGGCCAAGCUCUUGCACUGGAAAAGGAGAGAGCUCAUGCGUAUUACAAUGGAAUGACCAAAGAACAAUUCCAGAAAAUGCAAGAAUUUAUAGCUGGUCGGAGCUCCAAGAAACCUUCCAAGUUAUAGUCUAAACUAAACCCCCUCUACUCUCCUCUCCUUCUCUCUUUCAAUAAUAACAAAAACACACUCUUCCUCCGUUUUCCUUUUUUUUUUUUUUUAGUUUAAUUCCCCAACCUUAGCUGAUCACUUUAUUUGGAAUUUUAUUUUGAUAGUUUCAUAUAACUUAAUAAAUGGUCUCUUCCUAGUUUUAUAGGACCAUCGGUGCUCAGUCUAAGCCCUUUUAAGGUCUUUUGCACUAUGUAGGUAUCCUCCCUUGCUUGUCUUUAAAUGCCCUCCUUUCCUUAAGGCUACUUCAGGGAGUUCCUCCAAACCAAAUCCUACGACUAGGGACUUUAAACUAUAGCUAUUAAAUUUUGAGGAAAAAUAUUUGUUUGUCCCUAA